AUGUUGCCGAGUGGCUGGCAAGAGGAUCUCUCAGUGCACAGUAGUUGCUGCUUCCAACAACUGCAGAGCAGGCUUGUUCGCUGACAGUCACUGAUACCAGGGCAUUCAGCGUGCCAAGCAAUCCGGGAAGGCUAGGGUAACUGAGGGACCAGCCUCCCAGCAUCUGUGAAAGAAGAACCCAGCAAUCUUCAGCGAGAAGAUGAUGGCAUGUACAGAGAUGCUGACAAUGUGCUUGCUCUCUGCCAAGCACGCGUACAGCCCUGAAGCCAAAGACAGCCUGCAGAACUAUGGCAAGGGACUAGCAAUCUUCCACGAUGUUUUUCGACGAGCUGAUAAGAACGAUGAUGGGAAGUUGUCAUUUGAAGAAUUUAAGAACUGUUGUGCCGAUGGUAUCCUCAACUCUGAAGAACUGUGGGAGUUGUUCAGUGGCAUUGACAGGCGUCAGUCAGGCAAUUUAGAGACGGAGAAGUUCUGUGAGUAUUUCUCGGACUACCUUGGAGAAUACAGGCAUGUCCUGUCUGCCUUGGAGCAACUCAACACUGCUGUCCUGUCAGCCAUGGAUAAAACCAAACUGGUAUAUGAGAGCUCCUCCAAAAUGGAACAGUUUGUGACCCGCUUCUUACUUCGCGAGACAAUGAACCAGCUGCAGUCCCUGCAGGUCUCACUGGAAUGUGCUGCAGACACCAUUGAAGAACAGGCUGGCCGAGAAAGGAACGAUGUUAGCAAAUCAGAAGCUUUUGUUGGUCCACGCACUGCUAAAAGAUGUGGCCGUAGAGCUCAGAAGAACAUCUGCUUGUCUCCGACAGAUCCUUAUUCAGGGAUGCUCACCACAGGUGUUUGUGUGGAAACUGACAGCCAGUGGACAGCUGAGAUCGACAAACUACAGCAGCUUAUUGACAAACUGGAAUGUAAGAGUCCAAGGCUGGAACCUCUGAAAGAUGAUGUGGUCUGCAAAGAAAGAGAUUCUUCUCACAUCCUGGUGGCACAGAGACAGAUCUCAGUGGCAGACAAUGGAUUAGAGGCGUUCCGCCAAGCUCUCCAAUCCUACACAGAAAUCACAGCCGGACAGAGCAGCUGCCUACAUGUGUCUGCCCACAAACUGUCGAGCGAUGCCUGCUUCAUCCUCUAUGAGUUUUGGCAAGAUGUGGCUUCAUGGAGAAGCCACCUGCAAUCAAACUACAGUAAGAAGUUUCAGCGUGCCAUCAUUGACUUAUUGGACUCUCCAGAACUUUUGACCACCAUGCUCUUUCCAGCUUGCUGGUGGAUCAUGAACAAUAACUGAUCUCCCCAUGGCAUUCCCUCAAGGCAGCCAGCAUGUGGAUGGAGCAAGCAUUCUCUUCGAAAGACAGCCUUCCUUCCAGGGUUGUCCUCCCACCCUCUUCAGUGUUGCUUUUCUCAUCUAUCUUAAUGUGGAAUGCUUUUACCUUCUUUCCUUCUGCAGCUUUGGGAAUGGGGCAGCACUUUGGAAUGCACCCUGCAAUCCUUCCUGAACAUCGUCUUCCUGCCACCUCCUACCAUUUUGACAUUAGGAGUUUCACCCAGAAUAAUGCCAUAGCCUUGCUAGCCUCUUUGACGAUAAGAACAGCCUAUUAUUUUGGAUUGUUGGUGCUACAAC